AUGGCUGCCUCCUCCCCACCUGCCAACAUGGACGAGGAAGUCAUGUGCCCCAUCUGCAUGGAGUAUCUGGAAGACCCGGUGUCUGUGGACUGCGGCCACAACUUCUGCCGGGGCUGCAUCACCGACUUCUGCGAGAAAUGGGAAGCGUGUGGACUCCUGAAGUGCCCCAUCUGCAGAACCCACAUCCAGAAGGAGAAUUUCCGGCCAAACUGGCCUCUGGCGAAUGUCGUCGCCAAGCUUAAAUUCCUUGCCGUAAAGGAGAAGCUGUGCGAGAAACAUCAGGAGACGCUCCUGCUGUUCUGCAAAGCAGAUAGCCAGUUGGUGUGCCUGAUGUGUGAGCGUUCUCCCGAACACAAGCAGCACGCUGUGGUUCUCGUGGAAGAGGCCGCCCACGAAUACAGGGAACAAAUCAAGGCCCAGGUGAAGUCUCUGGAGAAAGAGAAAGAAAUUCUUGUGCCUCAGAAACUGGCUGAAGAGAUAGCACAGAUAGAAGCAGAGAAAGGAAAGAUCAGGUCUGCUUUUGAACGAAUGCGCAACUUCCUUGAAGAAAAGGAGGGCUUCUGGUUGGACCAGCUGGGAGAUCUAGAGAAAGAGAUCAAGAAGAAGUUCCAAGAUAACAUCACUAGAAUUUCCCAGGAGAUUACCCGCAUCACUUACCUGAUCAAAGACAUGGAAGAAAAGUGCCAGCAGCCAGCUAGUGAAUUCCUGCAGAAUAUCAAACGUACCAUGAGCAGAUAUGAAAAGAAAUCAGCGGAGCAUCUGGUAGACCAUAUUCCUGGACUGGAAGACAGAGUCCACAUUUACUUUCAGAAAAAUUCUGCUCUAGAAGACACUAUGGGAAAAUUUGCAGGAUCUGUGUACAAAGGUAAUUCUGAGGAACUGAAUGAUGGACAUCUUACUGUGAAGGUGAUUCUGGAUCCAAGCACAGCUCAUCCCUCCCUCCUUCUGUCUGAUGAUCUCAGGAGCGUGAGAUGGGAAGACAAAUACCAGUAUCUGCCCGACAGCCCUGAGCGAUUUGAGUUUAUGCCGUGCGUACUGGGCUGUGAGAAAUUCUCUUCGGGGAAACACUGGUGGGAGGUGGAAGUGGAGGAGGAGGAGGAGAGGGCGAUGUGGGCCCUGGGGGUCGCCAAAGAAUCCGUGGCACGGAAGAAAGAGAUCCGUGUUAGCGUCGAUGAUGGGAUCUUUGCUGCCGGGAAAACAUCCGUGCUCUUACCUUGUCAACUCGGCGCCUUUACUUCCCCCAAGACGACCCCUUUGAUCUUGAGACAUCCACUCAAGAAGAUCCGAAUAUCUUUGGACUACGAAGAGGGCCAAGUGGGAUUCUAUGACGCAGAAACCAAUGACUGGAUUUUCACUUUCCAUUCAGCCUCAUUCUCUGGGGAGAGGGUUCUCCCCUAUUUCUGGGUGGGGAGAGGAGUCAAGCUGAAGUGCUGA